GCUGUGGCACACAAUGAAAGCAGCUUGCUCCAUUACCUGAAAAACACGGAGUCGUAGUAGUUCUGGAUGAAAAUGGGUCGUCCUUCUAAGAGCACCACCGCGAUCGGUCUUCUUCUCUGGCUAGCUUUGGUGUUGUUGGUUCAGGGACAGCAGGGUGGCCCGUCCCCGGCGCUGUACAUGUUCGGCGACUCGCAGCUGGACGUCGGGAACAACAACUACGUGUUGACGUCGCAGCUGUUGUUCAAGGCGAACCACCCGCGCUACGGCGUCGACUACCCAGGGGGAGUGGCCACCGGCAGGUUCAGCAACGGCCGCAACCUAGCCGACUUCAUCGCUGCAAGUCUGGGUGUCGCCACCAGCCCUCCGGCGUAUCGUUCCAUCUCCAACGACACAGGAAACUCCUCCAUAUUUCUCAAAGGUGUCAACUUUGCUUACGGGGGUGCAGGAGUCUCAGACCUUCGAGACGAGAAUCACCGUUCAUACGACUUCAUUCUAUUCGGGCGCAACGGCUUGAGGGAACAGAUCGAGCGCGACUACUCCAGCGUCCACGCACAACUGGUGCGGCAGCUCGGGCAGACCGAGGCCUCCGCCCACCUCGCCAAUUCCAUCUUCGUCAUCGCCGUCGGCGGCACCGACAUAGUGGAACGCUUCUUGUUAGACCCUGCCUACAGGGAGCGGAUCCGCUCCGAUCAAGAAUACCAGCAGUACGUCGCCAGAUCGCUGGCCGCCGCCUUCAACGCCCAUCUGGUUAGUCUGUACCAGAUGGGGAUGCGCAAGGUGUUCGUCGUGGGUACGGGGCCACUCGGGUGCUACCCGGCGGUGCGGCUGCCGCAGAGCAGCGACACCACGCCGUGCCGCGACGAGGUGAACUCUCUGUCGGCUCAGUACAACGCCGCGGUGGUCGACCGUCUGCGGCGCGCCGCGGCCGGGAGCUCGGAGCUGCGCUACUCCUUCUUCGACCAGUACGCCGUGCUGCAGCGGUACCUGCAGGAGCCAGAAGCAAAUGGCUAUGGUGAUGUGAAAGAGGCGUGCUGUGAGGUGACGGAUGCGGCGCCAGUAUGCAACUCCAUGAGCUCACUGUGUCCCAACAGGACGGACCACAUGUUCUGGGACGGCGUCCAUCUCACGGAGAUCACCACGCAGAAGCUCAUGGCAAUCGCCUUCGACGGCUCCGCGCCGGUUGUUUCGCCAGUGAAUUUGAAGGAGCUCAGCGCCCCAUAGGUGAAAUACUGUAAUAAGAAGGGUGUGCCCGUAUCGGUUUAACUUAGGUUGAAAAAUGAAAAUCAUCGUGAAUAAUGCAUGUGACGCAGCUCUGUGACUACUGGUAGGUCAAAAGUCUACCAGUCUGCUGUCGAAUAAUGGAUAUGAAACCGACAUAAUUAUAGUGGUUA